AACUACAAUUGACAACCCCACGCGUUUCCGGUUUGGACGAAGCCAGAAAGUGAUCGGAUAAUUUGAGGAAAUAUUUACCGAAAAUGACAUUUUUUCACUUUGGAAAUUGUGUUGCUCUUGCUUACAUUCCAUAUGUAAUCCUGUACAAGUGUUCUGGACUGGCAGAGUACAGUGCGUUCUGGAAAUGUGUGCAGGCAGGUGGAGCGUACAUGUUCACUCAGCUGGUGAAGAUGUUGAUCCUUGCCACAUUCUUCCCAGCAUCAGAAGUGCCGAUUGGCGGGCUGGACGUCACAGGGGAGUUCCUCAAGUGCACCGUUGACUUGGCCGACCUGGUGGGCAUCCACUUCGUCAUGUCCCGGAUUGCAGGGAAGGGUCAGCUCAAGUUCAUGAUAGCAGGCAUGGGGUGGGCAACCGCAGAACUCGUCAUGACCAGGUUUCUGCCCCUCUGGGUCGGAGCAAGAGGAGUGGAGUUCGACUGGAAGUAUGUGCAGAUGAGCUUUGAUUCCAACGUCAGUCUGAUCCACCACAUCAGUAUGGCCAUGUUGGUUUGGCUGUACUGCCGUAGUGACCUGCAGAAGUCACUCGUCCCCAUCGUCAUGUCCCUGCUGGCCCUCGGAUGUUACAGACCCCUCAUUGUAGAAAUUCUCAUCCAUGCUGUUGGGUUCGGAUCAUGGACAUUGCUGAUAUCUAAAGCCGUUUUCACAGCCUGUGUUUCCAUGGUUUCGCUGCAGAUGUAUCUCGGAAUCCCAUCUCAACUCCAGAAUUCCUUCUAUUGAGCUAUACCAACACAACAGUUAUCUCCCUUGUACAAUGAUGUAGUCGGCCAGUAUGAACAAGAUGGUAGGGUAGAACUUUCCACCAGCCUACAGACCAGGGCAGUUUGCCUCAUGUUAAUGGUAUCCCAAAGUCCAGUCAAACUGGUAUCAAGUCUAUAUUUCUGUUUGUUUUUGGAAUAUUUAUAACAUUUCAAGACUACAAGCUAAGUGCUUGCCUGUUACUUGUUUCACUGGCUUGGAACAAAAAACAGAAUCUGAUAAAUAUUUUAAUGAUACAAAUAAGAAUAAUGUUUUGGUUGAGGGAUUUUUAGAAUGUUUAUUUGCAUGGCUUUUUUUGUAUUUCCACGUAAUUUCAUUCCUAAAAGACAUGAUUAGUAGGAGUGAAUAUCAAGGGUUGUUUCUCACUAUCAUGAAAGUUUGUGUACUAUCUCAUACCUAUAUGAUUAUGCAAAACAAUAUGUAAAUGCUCAAAAAGGCUUGCAUUAGGCCAAUCUGUUCUGAUUUCAGAACAAGCAUGUUUGUUUACAAACGAGAGAAAAGUCUUGUUUGAUAGGCUUACUUAGAAGCUGACGGAUGACAAAGUAGACACAAUUUAUGGAUAACAAUUUCUUUAAUAUUGUAAAGGCGACGUUUCGGUAUAGAUCCUUAUACCGUUCUAUUACAAAACGUCGCCUUGGAUCAGGGUAUGAAACUCCCAAAACUUUCAGCCAGUCCACAGGACUGGCUACCUGAAAUACUUGCCAGCCCUGACCAAAACCUGCCUGCCCACUAUAAUCAUGUGUUUCUCAGGAUAAGCUUACGGGGUUUCUUUUUGGUUACAUUUUAUCAUUCAUCUUUACAUGUGAAUUAAUGAU